UGCUCGAAUUCAAGCCAGUGAAUGUCUAAAGCGGAUAUCACACGCCAACUAAAAAAACAAAAAAAUGAAAUUCCUUUUAUAACCCUCUUCCAUUUCAAUUAUACAUACACCAAUACGCCAUAAUGCACAGUACGUACUGCAGCCAAAAAGCAUUUUGACAAUACUGAAUAAACAGCUUAGCAAUGGAGGAAAUCGAGCAGAACGCCAUCACACCUUCACUCACAUCAUUAAGGUUAAAUUACGAUGUGUUCCUAAGUUUUAGAGGUGAAGAUACUCGAGAAAACAUCACAAAUAACUUAUACAAUGCGUUAUACUCACAAGGCAUUCGAGUUUUCCGUGACAGUGAAGGAUUAAGUCAGGGCGAUGAGAUCGCACCAGGUUUAAUGGAGGCGAUUAACGAUUCAGCUGCUGCGAUUGCUAUUAUUUCUCCUAAAUAUGCUUCGUCUAGAUGGUGUCUUGAAGAAUUAGCAACAAUCUAUGAGUUGGGUAAACUUGUUUUGCCUGUUUUCUACCGGGUUGACCCGUCUGAUGUGAGGAGACAGAAAGGGCCAUUUAUGGUUGAUUUUGAGAAUUUAGAAGCAAGAUUUGGAGUUGAAAAGGCUGUGAGAUGGAGAAAUGCUAUGGAAAGAGUUGGUGGGAUUUCUGGUUGGGUUUACGAUAAUAGGUACUAUUAAUUCUCUCUCUAUCAGCUUAUUUUAUUAGUUCUCGAAUUAAAUUAGUUAUUAAAUAACAUUAGACCUAAUAGAAGAAACCCUAGAAUGUGAUUGUUACAGCUGAUUUUGUUAAGCUUCUUGGAUCUCGCGAAUUUGAGUCUUGAGAAACGGAGUCCUCCCCUAAUAGUGGACGUGUUAAUCUCUUACAUCGAUGGCGAUAAAUUUAUUUGGUCUCCUUAUAUAAUUUUGGACAAUUCUUAUCAUAUGAAUUGAAUUUUGAUGUCGAGUUGGAUUCA